AUGCUCAACAUGGAAUAUUCGACCCGUAUGCGUUCCCAUACAAUAACGAGACUGCAACUUCGGAUAUUUACAAGGCUGGAAUCUUCCUUGGAUGUGAAUUUGGUUUGGCAGCCCUCUAUGUUUGGGCAAUCGGAAUUAUUUGCCGCCGGUCAGAGUUCAACGAUGACAGGAACAUAUGCUGGGCAAUUUGUCAUGGAGGGCUUCAUCCAAGUUUCCUGGCCAAAAUGGAAGAGGGUUUUGGUAACUCGAGCCAUUGCCAUCUUACCAACGCUAGCGGUGACGUUUGUCGCCAACGGAGUUCGUAGUUUAACCGGUAUGAAUGACUUCCUGAACUGCAUUCAAAUGGUUCAGUUGCCGUUUGCUUUGAUUCCGAUCAUCACAUUCACAUCAAGUCGAAAAAUUAUGCACGACUUCAGGAGCUCGAAGUCGUUUCAAUUUUUUGCUCUGAUAGCAACUACCAUAAUCCUGAGUAUCAACGUGUACUUUAUAUUCGACUAUGUCACUUCUUCGUUGAGUACGGAGUGGUUCGUUUUAGCACUCUUAGGUGCUCCAACCACACUCUAUGUGAUUUUCGUAGCUUAUUUGGUGAGUGAAUGA